AGCGGGGCGGGGCCGGAACGUCUUUCUUCUGGGCGGCGCCCCGGGCGGGUACAGUUAGCCCGCCGCACCGACCAUGGCCGCAGCCGCGCUGGGGCAGAUUUGGGCCCGCAAACUCCUCCCUGUCUCUUGGCUUCUGUGUGGCCCCAGAAGAUACGCCUCAUCCAACUUCAAGGCUGCAGACCUGCAGCUGGAAAUAACACAGGAGCCUCAUGAGAAGCCUGACCCCAGCAAGCCCCUGGUGUUUGGGAAGAAUUUCACUGACCACAUGCUGAUGGUGGAAUGGACCGAGAAGAAGGGCUGGGGCCAGCCCCGUAUCCAGCCCUUCCAGAACCUCAUGCUGCACCCAGCCUGCUCUGGCCUCCACUACUCGCUACAGCUCUUUGAGGGCAUGAAGGCGUUCAAAGGCAGCGACCAGCAGGUGCGCCUCUUCAGACCCUGGCUCAACAUGGACCGGAUGCUGCGCUCGGCCCUGCGCCUCUGCCUGCCGAGUUUUGACAAGGUCGAGUUGCUGGAGUGUAUCCGCCGGCUGGUGGAAGUGGACAAAGACUGGGUCCCUGAUGAUACCAACGCGAGCCUCUAUGUGCGGCCUGUGAUCAUUGGAAAUGAGCCCUCACUGGGUGUCGCCCGUUCCUCGCAAGCUCUCCUGUUUGUCAUUCUCUGCCCUGUGGGCCCGUACUUCCCUGGAGAUGCCGUGGACCCUGUCUCCCUCCUAGCCGACCCGACAUUCAUCCGGGCCUGGGUGGGUGGGGUCGGUGACUACAAGGUCGGGGGGAAUUACGGGCCCACAGUGUUGGUGCAGGAGGAGGCGAAAAAGAGGGGCUGCGAACAGGUCCUCUGGCUGUAUGGGCCUGACCACCAGCUCACCGAGGUGGGCACCAUGAACAUCUUUAUCUACUGGACCUACGAGGAUGGGGUGCUGGAACUGGUGACCCCCUCGCUGGACGGUGUCAUCCUGCCUGGGGUAGUCAGACAGAGCCUGCUGGACCUGGCCAGGACCUGGGGUGAGUUCCGGGUCGUAGAGCGGAAGAUCACCAUGAAGGAGCUGUUGCGGGCGCUGGACGAGGGACGGGUCCGGGAAGUCUUUGGCUCGGGCACCGCUUGCCAGGUCUGCCCUGUCCACCGGAUCGUGUACCAAGGCAAGCACUUACACAUUCCCACCAUGGAAAACGGGCCUGAGCUUAUCCACCGCUUCCUGAAGGAGCUGAGGGCCAUCCAGUACGGAACGGGAACCCACGAGUGGAUGCUCCCGGUGUGACGCUAAAGACUGACCUACCUCCCCUCGGACCCACUGACCCGUAGCAUCUAGUCCUCGCCGGAACCUCGCCUCCCUACCCUUGACUCACCUCAAGUGCAAUAUGAAAUAAAAGGCCAGGGGGAGCCGGGACGCCUGGGUCUCUGGCGCCCCCGCGUGGUCUCUACACUCCCAAAGCCAUAAGGGCCCUACCCAGGCGUCUGGGCCCCAGCCCCGCCUCUCAGGCCUUUGCGGGGGGGAUCUGGACUCCCCGCUGCUCCGUUUCCUGGGGUCGAGGAUGCACUUUGGCCCCCCAGCUCCGCAUCUCUCCGUUCUCAGGCCGGAUCUCCCGGUGCUGCUGUUGAUUUUUUUUUUCCCUCUUUUAUUUUGAAAUAAAAUGCCAAAGAACAAAACAUCAGCUUGUCAUCCCCGAUGAUGCACCUCAGGGACUCCAGGGUUUCAACCAGGAAUCCCCGCCCUGGGCCCUUUUCAUUUUCAAAGACCCAGCGAUGGGAGCUCCCAGUGCUCUGGCCGUUUCUCUGACGUGGGAGCUUUUUCCGCCUCAUAAACUGAGUUUGGCCUCUUGGCCCAAGAAUUCGCGCUUCCUCUAUCUACGUCCCCAUCUUUGGGACAGCCCCACUGUACAUCUAGUCGCUAGGCCAGAUGCCUCGGCCCUGCCCCUCUUCCCCUGCCAAAGCCCAUCAGACUCAAGCCCUGUCCUCCUGUCCCCAAAUCGGCCCUGUGGGUCUCCUCUGGGCCCCUUCGGCCCCGCUUCAACGCAGUUCUCUUCUGCCUGGACCCUGGCCCUAGCCUGCGCCCUGGCAUCCACUUUGGCCCCCGGAGGGUCUUUGUGCGUCAAGAGCGGCCCCUCCCCUGCUUGCUCUCUUCCAAGGGCUUCCCAGCACCCAUGGCCAGUACCGCAGAUAGUGGGCCCUGGUGAGUGUGGAGUGAGGCAAGGUACAAUACCCUUGGAUGGGGUCAACGUCAGAAGUCUGUCUAUAAAACAUAGUCACCAUUACCUCCCUGUGUCGUGCCUCGUAGCCAGAUCUUGGCUCUUUCACAUACAUACUUUAAUUAUUUAUGUGUGUAAGUGUAGAGAGAGCCAGACGUUAGGACCAGGCAUAUCCAGCUGGUCACGGAUGUGUCAUCUGCCGGGUGUGUGGCCUUGGGCCUGUCGCUUUAUCUCUGACCCCCUUUGCUAGAGGGAGACCCACGGGGGACUAUUGAGCAGACAAGGUCUGUGGCCUACCCAGCAACCAACCGCUUUGGAAUAAAAUUCUGAUUUGUUGGGGCGCCUGGGUGGCUCAGUCGGUUGAGCGUCCGACUUCAGCUCA